CCUCAAAGAUUCGGGAUACGUCGUCGUUUAGACGAGAGCUGCAUCUCUUUCUAUCCGCGUUCGCUAUUUUGCAGUCUGCAAUUGCUUAUCCAUUUGUGGAGCUCCCCAAUACUUCUCAGAGACAAGCCUGCACCAGCAAAAAUGGCAGCCAUGGCUGCGCUUCAGAGCUCUAUGACCGCUCUUUCCCUCUCUUCCAAUUCCUUCCUCGGCCAACGCCUUCCACCGCCCACAAUUUACGCUGCUCCCGUAACGUCAAAAGAGAAGCCAUGUCUCAUAGUAAUGAGGCUUAAAAGAUGGGAGCGGAAGGAAUGUAAGCCAAACAGCCUUCCAGUAUUACACAAAAUGCAUGUCAAGGUUGGAGACACAGUGAAAGUUAUAGCUGGUCGUGAUAAGGGAAAAAUUGGAGAAAUCACUAAAAUUUUUAAACAUAAUAGCAAAGUGAUAGUGAACGAAAUAAAUCUGAAGACAAAGCAUGUAAAGAGCAGAGAGGAGGAAGAACAAGGACAGAUUAUUAAGAUCGAAGCACCAAUCCACAGCUCCAAUGUGAUGCUUUACUCGAAAGAACAGAAUGUAGCAAGUCGGGUCGGUCACAAAACACUUGAAAAUGGAAAACGAGUACGUUACCUCAUAAAAACUGGGGAAAUAAUUGACAGCGUUGAAAAUUGGAAGAAAUUGAAGGAAGAGAACAGCAAAACUGAAGUGGCUACAACUGCCUAAGAAUCGUUUUUCAACUGUACGUACCACUGAUGUAGUUAUGUAUCUCGCAGGGUAUUUCAGUAGCCCAUUGUCCCUUUUUUAGCAAAUAUUUUUGUUGCGGUCUUUUUGUUCAUUGAUGCAUAGUAAAGUGAUAUUAAUUUGGUAGUUUAUUGUUUUAUCUAUAAUCUAUAACCUAGUGAGACAUAUAUAUCCUCAAUUAUUCGAAUCUACACAUAAAAAAGGUGUGAGCAACUUUUAAUUCC